AUGGCUACCGAGACUCGUAGCCAAGAUGGGUGCUGGUCUUGCAGGCUCCGGAAGAAGAAGUGUGACGAAAGGCGACCUAUAUGUACGGAAUGCAUGUGCUUGGGACUUGAUUGCCACGGAUUUGGUACAAGACCGACCUGGAUGGACCGUGGUACUCGACAAAAGGCACAAGCAGCAAAGAUGAAGGAGAAGCUUGCACAGCUGACCAAGAACCGACGGCACAAACAGGCGCGAGCCCAAAACGAUUGGGUAGCUAAGCAGCCCCCAAACUCCCACGCGGAACGCUCCACCAUUCGAACCGAAGCUCCCGAUGCUUCGGACAACAUACUCAUCGACCAUGAGCACAGCUCUCCUACACAGACAUUUGGCGACAGGUCCCAGGAUGAGCAUGCAAGGAGUCAGCCUGCAGAAGUUCUUGAGGAGGAUGGCCAAAGCACAAUGGUCGCAGAUACUCUGGCUUCAUCGGAUGAUUCCGAUUCACAAAGGAUAUUCGAUGAUAUGACAUUUUUAUCCGGAUAUCCUGUUACUCUUCCUCACUCGGGGGAUGCCGAUUUCCAGACAAGUCUCGAGGACAUGGACUUUCUCUCUGAGCAAAACUUCGACCUACCAGAGCUUGAAUCCAUCCUGACAGCCAACUUACACAUGGAACAAAGUACGGCUGGGCUGGGUAGUCAAAUCAGCACAGCGUACCCAUCGCACGGGACUUCUUCAUUCAUGCUCCCCAUCACCGACAUGGAGGACGCCAUAUUGCUAGCCUACUGCAUAGAGAAGGUUUUCAACUGGCAGUUCCCGUUCUGUUCGACACCUCUGAGUGGUUUUAGCCAAGGGUACUUCUUAUGGCUCAUGUCCAAGUCACGACCCUUGUACCUGGCAUCUCUCGCAUUGAGCAUCUCGCACAUGAGCAAUCAAAGAGCGGUAGAAGGCCCUUACACAAAACUACGGUACGAAGAUCAUGCCGGAAGAUACAACUUGGCAACGGAAGAGUUUCAUCGCAACCUGAGAACGCCCAAAGCUGUCGAUGACAUAUCGAUGUUGGCUUGCACUGUUUUACUCAUCUCCUCCAGUCUUCUUCACAGUGGCAAAGUCGACUGGACCUCCCACCUGAGAACGGGCACGUCGCUAAUUGCCCCUUGGAUUGCCCAGAUACGGCAUGACACAAACUUGGUAGCAGCAGGCCUGCUCAGCUUGUGGGAGUUGACCUCCAAAGCAAACACGAUCCAGGUAGAUCUUGAGAAGAGGAUAGCCAGCAACAUGAUGGUCUUGAGAAAAAGCAAAGAAGACCUCGAACAGCACAAUAUCAGACACCUGCAUUCUAAUGCUCAGCGCCAAUACGAUAUACACGUUAUCAACCAUACCUUUGCCUGCGCCGUAUCUGUUCUUCUGGAGGUCAUUGUGUCCGGUGCGUAUCCGCGACUGCCAGAGGUCAAACAGAAAGCCGGGCGCGCGCUCGGCGCCCUGGCUGAUAUAAAGAACGACGCUCGGCUUCUCGAGCUACUCGCCUGGCCACUCUUCGUCGUCGGGUGCGUCGUCGAAGAGGAGCGACACGGCUUCUUCCGUCAAAUUCUUUCAGGCCAGCUGAAAAACUCCGUUAGUCUCUGUGGUCUCCUCGAUUUACUCGAAGAAUGCUGGAAAUCAAGAGCGUCGGGAGAGGUUCGAGACGAAAAUUUUGAUUACUCGCAUCUACGGAUUCACAAUUCGAGAAAUGUUCUUAUUGUAUAA